UAAGCCUUCACUUCUCGGUGAUUCUUGUUGCAAGCAGAUUCCACUCUGGAGAUGCCCGCUGCUUUAUUUGUUUCCAGAGGAGAUUUUCACGCUGAGCAAAAGAAAAGUUUUUUGUUAAAUCAGCUUUCUUUCAAUAUAUUUUGUUGGCUGUUUUAUGAUCGAAGAAAAAAUUUCAUUUGGCCAUUCAUGGGUGAAAGGUAACUGUUGAGGUGAAUUAUCGAAGGAUAACUGAAAUUUCAAUUUAUGCGCUGCUGAAAUUUCCGCAGGUGAUGACUGCGAAAUAUAUGGCAGCUAAAAUGGGUGUCAUAAUAUUAAUGGAGAAUGAGGUUACAGGCUGUUUUUAAUACGUGUAGGGCAAAGGGUAAACAAUCAGCCAAGCCUGUGGAAGAAGCAUUUGAAGAUUUACUACCUGCAGCAUGACAGAAGAUGGUCUGCUUUGCCCUCCUAUAAACCAGGUUGCCGGACACUCUGCGACAGGAGGAAAUAUAGGACCUCUUGUAGACAAAGCAGGCCGAUUUUACAAGCCUUUACAAAAUAAUCAAAGAGGACAAAAUGAAGUUGAAUUCUAUAAGAAGUUUUGGGCAGAUCAAACAAUACCACCCAUCGUGCAAGAUCUCUUUCCAAGGUUCUAUGGCACAACAUCUGUUCAAACUUCUGAUGAGACUGGGAUGUGUGAGUAUGCUGUAAUUGAAGACUUGACCUAUCAUUUUCCUCAUCCUUCUGUGAUUGAUAUCAAGAUGGGGUCACGAACAUGGUAUCCUGGGGCAACUGACGAGUAUAUCAAGAAGUGCUUAGAUAAAGAUAGAGAAACCACUUCUGCUCUUCUAGGUUUCCGUAUAUCAGGGUUGCAGGUUUAUGAAACUGCUACAAAAACCACAUGGAAGCCAGACAAGAAGUGGUGCAAAGAAUUAAGCACUGAAGGGGUUAGGUUAGCAUUGAAACGAUUUGUCUCAACAAAUCCAUUCUCUGAGACAGAUCCAGAUGGUUCACUUGCAUCUAUAAUUAAUGGUGAUCCAGGAGGUGUUCUUUCACAACUCUUAGAUCUGAAAGCUUGGUUUGAAGAGCAAACAUGCUUUCAUUUCUCUUCAGCAUCCGUUCUGCUGAUUUAUGAGGGUGAUUCAACAAGCAUUACUGAAGAUGCUCAUAGAUCUGGUGUAUCUGUUAAGCUGAUUGACUUUGCUCAUGUCAUAGAUGGUCAAAAUAUUAUUGAUCAUAAUUUUUUGGGAGGCUUGUGCUCAUUGAUCAAGGUUAUUUCCCAAAUAAUGGCUGACCUUGGCAUGAAGCUACCCAAAGAGUCUCUCUUGACUACCUAAGUCAUGUUUGCAUGGAACAAAAAGCUAAUUAAUCGAAGGCUACUCAUUACUUUCUCGAAGCGGAGGAUGGGAAUACCUUCACCUUUUAAAAGAAUUGCCUAAAACAUAUUGUAUGGGAUGAUGUGCAUUCGCUCCAAACUAACUAGAAUUAAUCUGCACCAUACAAGUUUGGAAUUAUUUGCCACCUUUAUAAAAGUUUCACUUUGUUGAUUUGCGGAGACUAAUUGUAAUUCUAGUUUUCAAUGAAGGCCAUCACAUUUGCUACUGUAAA